AUGUCUCUCAACUGGGUGAUGCUUCAUGACCAGGAAGGUUUCGUCCGCCUUCCUAGUGAGCGGUUGUUAUACUCUUCUCCUCCGCGCACUGCUCUCGCCGUGACCCCGCCGCCGGGGUACAAGGGCAGCGAGAGCUUGUCUGUCCAGAGUAGCGCCGGCUGUAUUCAUCUUACCAACCAGAGGGUCGUCUAUCUACCUGCCCAAGGAACCGAUGACCUUCAAUCAUUUUCUUCGCCUUUACUCAACGUUCACGACUCUCACGUCUCAGCCCCUUUCUUUGGUCCCAACGUUUGGACCGCACUGGUCCAGCCCGUCUCCGGAGGCGGUAUCUCCGCCAACCUGCCUGCAGUACAAAUCAAAGUGACCUUCAAAGAAGGAGGAGCCUUUGACUUCCACACACAAUUUGAACGGAUCAGGGAGCGAUUAGAACAGGCUGUAGAGGUUAUGGGUGAAGGGACACGGGGCGUGGGAGGCGUGGACAUGGGGGCCGUUCAUUUGGAGGAGCUACCGGCAUAUGAAGGCCCUGGCAAUUCAAACAACACAACUGUUACUAACGAGACACCAACGGCACCGCAGAUUAACAGAAGAGUCUCCACGGUCGGUCCCGAGCCGGUAGAACCGCCACCUUGCUAUGAGGAGGCUCAGUCGCAGAGCGUGGCCAAUGAAUUGGAAGAACGUUUGCGACAGGCCAGUUAA